AUGUUUACUGCACAGUCGUCAUGCCACCGCAUCUGCACUUUACUGGCCCGCGGCCCCAUGCGAUGGGCACACGCUGAAUCGUCCCUCUCUCCGCUUCUUAGUGCGAUGCGGUGCUGCACCACGACGGCUACAUCAGCUUCCACGGGUGAGGCACCACCGCCGCCUCCAUUAACCGCAUCGGAAUUUGCGUCAAUUGCACCGAUGGUUUUGCUCCGGCAGGCACUGCAGCAACAUGCCGCUGUGGGCUCGGACGGCAGCGGUGGACGCGACGUGAUCAGCCGCGCCGUGUUCGAUCACUACUGCCGCGAGAGCCAUGUGGCCGACAGCGACGUGGCGCUUCAGCUGUUGGAGGAGUCUGGCGUCCUUGUGUCUAUUUCGCACGGCGUGGCGGUGCACCUCCGGCCCGCACGGCUGCUGCAGAUGUACGAGACGCUGCAGGGUGGAACGGUGGACUUCUUCGUUGAGGAGGCACGCAGGCGGGUGUCGGCGGCGGAGGUCGAUGAGGAGGCGAUGCGCAGCGCCCUGGAGCCGGCGUUGCGGCGCGCAGCGAAGUGGCGGCGAUUCGUGUGGGGUGGCGCGCUGUGCUUCGCUGGCCUACAGCUGGCUGUCAUAUCGCGUCUGACGUUCUUCGACCUAGACUGGGACAUCAUGGAGCCAGUCUCGUACUUCAUUGGGACAGGCACGUCGCUGGUGUUCUUUCUUUACUUCCUCCGUCACGGGAGAUCGCACACAUAUGAGGACUACGACAGAACGGUGUUGCCGGCGAGAGUGAGGCGCUACGCCCCGCCUGACUUCGACUGGGAGAAGUACGAGGUGGUGUGCAGGAGGGUCGAUGAGGAGCGAAGAAUGCUGGAGAAGAUCAGGGCGUGGGUGAAGCAGCAUUGA